CUCUGUCUGUCUGUCUCUCUCUCUCUCUGUCUCUCUCUCUCCUACACUUGCAGUUGCGAAGAGGCAAAGCCCCAAUGGCGUCGAUUGUUCCAGAAAACCUAACCAGAGAGCAGUACGUAUACCUGGCGAAGCUCGCCGAGCAGGCGGAGCGCUACGAGGAGAUGGUCCAGUUCAUGCAGAAGCUGGUGGUGGGGUCCACCCCGGCUUCGGAGCUGACGGUGGAGGAGCGCAACCUCCUCUCCGUCGCCUACAAGAACGUCAUCGGCUCCCUCCGUGCCGCCUGGCGGAUCGUCUCCUCCAUCGAGCAGAAGGAGGAGGGCCGGAAGAACGACGACCACGUCGUCCUUGUCCGCGACUACCGAUCCAAGGUCGAGUCCGAGCUUUCCGACGUCUGCGCCAGCAUCCUCAGCCUCCUCGACUCCCACCUCAUCCCUUCCGCCUCCGCCGCCGAGUCCAAGGUCUUCUACCUCAAGAUGAAGGGCGAUUACCACCGGUACCUCGCCGAGUUCAAGGUCUCCGACGAGAGGAAAUCCGCCGCCGAGGAGACCAUGCUCUCUUACAAGGCUGCCCAGGAUUUGGCGCUUGCGGAUCUUGCACCGACGCAUCCCAUAAGAUUGGGGCUGGCGCUCAAUUUCUCUGUGUUCUACUACGAGAUUCUCAAUCAGUCUGAUAAAGCUUGCAGCUUGGCCAAACAGGCAUUUGAGGAAGCAAUUGCUGAGUUGGACACUCUGGGAGAAGAGUCGUACAAGGAUAGCACUCUCAUCAUGCAGCUCUUACGGGACAACCUCACCCUUUGGACUUCAGAUGUUCAGGAUCAGUUAGAUGAGCCGUAGAAAGCAAUAUAAGUUGCCCAGGCCUAUUCUUCUUCUGCGAGAAGAAUGGCAUUUAUUUGUGCUGAUUUUAAGAAUGUGUGUUAGUCAUGUAAAUCAGGUGUCAAAGUGUCAACCUUCAACAUAAUGCCUCCAUAUUCAGACGAAACUAGUUCCUGAAUCUGUUUAGUAGUUUGGAAAAUAUGGAAUUUGAUGGAACGCUAGCUAUAUAUUUUUCUACAUUUUAUUUAGUUUUUGCA